AUGGGCAUGGUGUUAGAGGUGAUGGUGGUGCUGGUGCUGGCAGAGCAUCUAAAGGCUGUUGAUGAUGAAAUCAAUGCUUUUUUGGACUAUAUGUUUGGACCUCGAGAUUCUCGAGUCAGAGGAUGGUUCAUGUUGGACUCUUACCUGCCUACCUUUCUCCUGACUGUCAUGUACCUGCUUUCAAUAUGGUUGGGCAACAAAUAUAUGAAGAACAGACCUGCUCUUUCUCUCAGGGGUAUCCUCACCUUGUAUAACCUUGGAAUCACACUUCUCUCCGUAUAUAUGCUGGCAGAGCUCGUUCUCUCCAGCUGGGAAGGAGGCUACAACUUACAGUGCCAGGAUCUCACCGGUGCAGGGGACGCUGACAUCCGGGUAGCCAAAGUGUUAUGGUGGUACUACUUCUCCAAAUUAAUAGAGUUCCUGGACACAAUUUUCUUUGUUCUGCGGAAGAAAACCAGUCAGAUAACUUUUCUCCACGUCUAUCACCACGCCUCCAUGUUUAACAUCUGGUGGUGCGUCCUGAACUGGAUACCCUGUGGACAAAGUUUCUUUGGACCAACACUGAACAGUUUUAUCCACAUUCUCAUGUACUCCUACUAUGGACUUUCUGUGUUUCCAUCUAUGCACAAGUAUCUUUGGUGGAAGAAAUAUCUCACACAGGCUCAACUGGUCCAGUUCGUGCUCACCAUCACGCACACCAUGAGCGGCGUCGUCAGGCCCUGUGGGUUUCCCUUCGGGUGUCUCAUCUUCCAGUCUUCCUACAUGCUUACCUUAGUCAUCCUGUUCCUGAAUUUUUACGUCCAGACAUACCGGAAAAAGCCAGUGAAGACAGUUGUGGAAGAGCUACCCGCAGGGAAAGAAGUUAAAAACGGUUUUUCCAAAGCCUACUUCACCUCAACUAAUGGCGUGAUGAGCAAGAAAGCACAAUAA